CGCGCUGAGUAAUCGUUACAGAGAGAUCGUGUCGACCACAGCAAGUGAUUCUCGUGGAGAAAAGUAAAGUAACCGCUAUGUCUGAAUUAGAAAAUGAAUUGAAGCGCUUGCUAAAAAAUCAUAAUUUGGAGAUCAAAGAUGAUCGGCUCCGUCUUAUCUAUAGACUUUCACGUAUAAUUUGUCACUGGUCGAGUGAUCUUCCAAAUCUGCAAGCUUUGAUCAAAGAUGAAUCCAUUAUCGAAAAUCUUCUCUUGGAUUCUGUGGAUUGCGUGGGAGAAGAAUUCAUCAGAUUUGUGGCUCUCACCGGCUACAGAGACGUGCCCCGACUCGACGAGGACGGACAGCCUAUAAAGAUUCGCACCACACCGCUGCAUCUCGUGGCUCUACGCGAGACAUUGGACUACAGUAACGUAAUCCGUAAUCUGUUUGAAAUCUAUAACAGUUUCGACGUGAAUUACAUCGACGACGAGUCGGGCCUCACGCAUUUCCAUGUGGCCUGUAAAUACGGUUUUAUCGACGUGAUCCGGAAAUUCCUCGAGCUCUGCAAGGCCGUCAAUCUCAUCGAGCCGGCAUUGCUUGGAUACCACAGAGACGUGACCGAGCUGUUGCUGAGACACUGCGCCGAUCCAAAUGAGGUAGAGAUCGACGCCCGGGACAGCGAUAACUACACGCCGCUCAUGAUGGCUCUGCACGGCAAAAAGUGGGAGCUGGUCGAGCUGCUUUUGCAACUCGGCGCAAAUCCGAAUCUGGCCGACGCCGGGGGGUGGACUGCUCUGCACUGGAUUUGCAGCAGAGGGAAUACGGAGUGCGCGAAGAUGCUGCUCGAGCGCUGCCACGCGAGACAUCGGCCGCUGUGGUUCAACGCCCGGGACAAGGGUGGCAACACGCCGCUGAUCAUUGCUCUGCGGCGUCGCGAUUGGGAGCUGGCCAAGCUGCUUUUGCAACACGGCGCCAAUCCAAAUCUAGCCAAUAUCAGAGGACUGACACCUCUGCACGAGAUCAACGACAAGGACCACGACAACUAUACCGAAUGCUUGACGGAGAGGUUUUUCAAGAUCGUCGAGGAUGUACAAAAAUCGGUGCAAGUCAAUGUCAAUGCUCAGGACAAGGAUCGUGACACGCCGCUGCACUUGGCUCUGCGCGAUGGCAAAAAGGAGGAAGCCAAAUUUUUGCUUAGCAAAGGCGCCAACCCGAAUUUGGUCAACGCGACGGGAAAGACUGCUAUGUUCAUCGUUUGCAAUCGAUGGUCGAACGAGGACGCAUCACUCGAGCUGGCCGAGAUGGUGUUUGAGUUCAGCGAGGAGCGGUAUCGGCCCCUGCAGCUCAAUGUACAGGACGAGAAUGGCGAGACGGCACUGUUCGGUCCUGUGCGUCGCGGUCAGAAACGACUGGUCAAAUUUCUGCUGGAACGAGGCAUCGAUCCGAAUUUGGCCAGUAGUUGUGGACAAGCUCUGCACCAGACGAUUCUUCCAAAGUGCGACGUUGACGUGGUGAGGCUGAUUUUCGAGCACAGCCAAGAGAGAUACCGUCCGCUGCACAUCAACGCUAAGAAGAAAUACGGCGAUACACCGUUGCUCAUAGCCGCAAUGAACAACAGACACGAGGUAGUCGAGUUCCUACUGCGAAGAGGCGCCGAUCCCAAUGCAGCCAAUGACCAGAAACAGACUUCCGUGCAUCACUUGUGCAAGUUCGACUACAUGCCACAGCUUUAUUCGCGGGCACGAGCAUUGUUUGAGAUCUGCGCCGAGAUCGGUCAGCCGGUGAAGAUCGACGCCAAGGACAAUUUGGACCGGACACCGCUUCAAUGGGCCGUGGCGAAUCACUCGCCGAUGAUGGUCGAUCUUCUCUUGGAUCGUGGCGCCAAUCUGUCGAGCUUCGUUUUCCCGACCGAGAGUUAUUUCAAUGCAAGUUUUAAAUCGGUAUCGUUUAAACGCGUGGAGAAAAAAUUCAUCCUGGCGUCCGGUAUGAUGGCUGUAGUCGAGCGUCUGAAGGCAAGAGGAUACGAACUGGAUCGAAGCGACACCCUGAUGAUCAUGAAGGUGUUUUCCGAGUUGAAUUGGUUCGAGAAUUCGGCGGAUCUCGAAAACAAUUGGUACGACGACGAGGAAUUCGCGACAGAAGCGAAGCAGGCGAUGAUCAAGCCGAACCUGUCGCUCUACGACCUGAUCCAAUUGCGACCAGACGAAGCGAGAAAGCGACUCUCGUCGAUGGAGUACUACGAGUUCGCCCGUACAUUGGACUGGCUCCGGCUGCCCGAGCGGCUCAGGGACGUUUGUGCUCGGCACCUGUGCGAGAAACUGUCGAGACGAUAUUUCCAGCGAUGGGCUCUCUGCCCAUUCUGCGAGUUGAUUCGCCAACGACUGCCGUUGCUAUGCUGUGAAAUGAUCCUCGAUGAAUUAAUGAACCGAGAUUUACACAAUAUUUGCUUGGCGGCUUGUUAAAACCAAAGCUCGCGAUGACUCUUGCAUUUCGUGUAACCAUUACUAUAAGAAUAACGAAAAAUUGUAUACGCGUUAGGACAAAAUUGCAGCGAGACAAAUGCGUAUCCGUAUACGUACGGAUGAUUGAAAAAACAAUCAUUGAUAUAAACUUGAGCUCCGAUACAUUAGUUGGUAUUGAAAUAAUAUCAAUAAUAACGAUCGGACAGAUAAAUUUUACAAUCAAACAUGUAAAUACAAAAUGACUACAUGUGAUAUUUCUUUAUUUAUAAUGUAAUACUACAGCUGCUAAUUCAUUGGCAAAUAAAGUUUGCUUUUAAAAAA